UACGCUGUAGUACACACACGCAGCAUUUUCAAGACUUGCGCGCAAUUGCUUUCGUCGGCGUUCGCAACCACAACUGUCAUCCCCCCUAAAACCCUAACUUCACCAAACCAAUGUCGGAAUGAAACAGUACAAAACCCUGCAGCUACUCUCUUGGCCUCAAUUUUACACCUUUGCCACUGACACAGUGACACUCUCCUCUCUCUUGUCCCCCCCUCCAUCAGUAAUCUAUUGAAAGGAAAGGAAGGGAAAGGAGAGGAGUUUUGUUUUGGUGAGAUCGGAGGGAGUGAUGGUGAUGGCUGAGAAUGAAGUUGGGGAUGACCAGAGGGACCUCAACGUCAAUGGCGGCGGGCCCAAGUCCCCAUGGAGGACUCCGGUCUCCCUUGAUGCUCCCGUCAUGGCCGCCGAAUCCUGGCCUGCUCUGGCCGAUGCCCACAGGCCCAAGAGUCUGGAUGCUGCUGCAAAGCCGCCAGCUGCGCAGCCGUCUGCCCCGCCCGCGCCUGCGCAGGGAUUAGUCAUGCAGAAGUUGAAUGAGUCUGGAAACUCUAACGCUUCGCACAAGCAUUCAUCAUCACAUCACGAAAAAAGGUCCUAGGCGCAACCCAAAUGCUGCACCUCUUUUUCCAGUACCCGUACCCUACCAUCAACAAUCGCUUCCUACUGUUUUUAUACCAUGGUACAACCCUACAUUCCGGCUUCUGGGUAUGCUUACCAGCCAUACGCUGGACCCAUUCCAAGUGUUGGGAAUCAUAUGACCCAAUAUGCAAGAACCCGGUGGCCCUUGGAAUCAUACUUGGCAUCAACAGCGAGCAUUCAACCCCAGAGAGAACAUUCCUGUGCAACAGGGUGUUGGACCUAGGCCUUUCUUAAGACCUCAGUGUUUUUGGUCCAGCCCCAGGGUUCAUGGUUGGGCCAGGCAUUCCUGGUAGUUCUAUCAUACCGGACCUGCACCCAUAUGCUAUCUUCCAGUUCCACCACUUUCCGCAAUUAGGGGACCUCAUCCUCCUAGCUUUGUGCCACAUCCUUUAAAUCCAGGGGCUCCAUUACGCCCUCAAAAACACAUACAUGUUGUUGAGGGACAAUAUUAUAAAGCAAAUAGAGUAUUAUUUCAGUGAUGAAAAUCUAAAGAAAGACCGUUACUUAAUUUCAUUGAUGGAUGACCAAGGAUGGGUCCCAAUAACCACCAUUGCUGACUUUAAAAGGGUUAAGAAAAUGUGUACAGACAUAACAUUCAUCAUUGACUCGCUGCUGGGUUCAACUACUGUAGAAGUGCAGGCUAACAAGAUACAAAGACGUGAUGAGUGGUCGAAGUGGAUUGCAGAUUCUGUAGACUCAAUGUUAACAUCCAAGCUGCAAACUCACAUGGUUUAAGUUGAAGAUAGAUAUAUCAAUGCUCCUGAGAAUAGUGCGAGCAAUGAUAGAAUGAAAGCUUUCGAAGAAAAAGCAGAAGUUAUAUCAGAUGGAAAAAAAUUGAUGUCGUGCAUGCCAUCAACCACCAUACCUGGCAUUGAUGAUGUUCAAGUUGAUGGCGGAUCACUAGCAUCUGCUGAUUAUAAUAGUGCUUUAAGUGCAAAGUUGACUUCCAAAUCAAAUUGCAAGUCCUCAGAUCCCGAAAUGGAUAAUUACUCAGACCGCCCAUACCACUCAGAGGGAAUUGAAACUGUAAGAUAUGCUGAUGAUGGGACUGAAGGCAUGCCUUCAGAUAUGGAUAUGAAGAAUCUUGCAAUGUCUAACGAUUUUGCAAACACAUUUAUGCUUGAUGAAGAGCUAGAGCUUGAGCAGAAAAUAAUAAAGGAUGAUCGUUCUCCUAUUAGAAGUGUUGGCCCAAGGAUUGAUGAUGAAGAUGAUGAGAUUCUAGUCAAUGAUCAGGACGUACAGAGACUUGUAAUUGUCACCCAGAAUAGUAGAGUAGGUAAAGGAUCAAAACAUGAUGAUAAAGAAUCAAAAACCAUUUCCAAUGAGCUAGCGUCUGCUAUAAACGAUGGGCUUUACUUCUAUGAGCAGGAACUGAAAACCAAGCGACCGAAGCAUAAAAAGUACAGCACCAGCCAUGAAAAUAAAGAUGCAAACUCAAGAUUUUCAAGCGUUUCCAAAGUCUUUUCAAAAUUAAAGCCCAGCGAAAUAUCUGGCAGUAGUAAUGGCAUUGAAGAGUCUGGAAGUGUUAAUUCACGGAAAAAGCAAAAUAGACUCUCCCAAAAUCAGCAGCCGUCCCAUAGACAGCGAUUCUUCUCAAGCAACUUCAAAAAUUAUGGAACUGGUUGGAACAAUCUAGGAAUCAUAUCAGAAAGUCCACCAAGUCACUCUGUUGGCUUUUUCUUUAGUUCCACGCCUCCUGAAACUCAUGGGUUAGUUGAAAUGGAUGGAAUUUGGUUUUGGAUUUGUUUCUUCAGCAGAGCAAUUCUUUGUAGUGAUUUAGAAGUUUGUUGUUCUUGCUUUUGGGAUGAGUAAUUGUAAUUAAUAAAACUUAGAAUC